GUCUUUUCAAAAUGAUUGCCAUUUCAAUAAGCACAUGUUAUGAAAGAUAAAAAAGCUGAGGAUGAAAUUCAUAAGUAAAUGUGUAGCUCAUAUGACACUGUAACAAAAAGUACCUGUGGAGAAGUCAACGAGUAGAGCAGAGCUGAGUGACCAGUUGUAGUAUCUGUUCCGGCCUGUAGGUGACACUGUUGACAACACAUUCAUUGAAAAUCAUCUUUUAUCAGGUAUAAAAAGGCACAUGGCAAACAUCAAUUUGAAAGGACUGCUAGGAAUAAUAUUUCUUUUGAAUGUUAUUGCCAUUCUGAUAUGGACCUAUUCAAGCUGGCAUCCUAAUUACAUAUGGAUUUCACCAUUUUAUAACAAACAGACAAUCCCAGAGUCUUUAAAUUCAAUAACGCCCAUCAAAGACUCAAAACACUUCAUGGUGUCUGCAUUCAUCGACCACAGAAUUGAUGGGACCAUUCGAGUCAUCAGCAUAAUCAACAGAGAAAGUCUUCAGCCACUUUACUGCAUUUACUGCAAUACUGAACAUGAAUGUACAACUGUUGAGACUGAUGUCCAAAUACACAGUGACCAUUUUGGGUUUCCAUUCCAUGUCUCGGAUGUGAUCUGUAAAGGUAAACACUUGCAAAAUGCAACACAUGUCCUCAUCUCAACUAAUGAUUCAGUCAGUCGACCCUCAGAGUUUCUGCCAAUAAGAAAUCGUGCAAUGACUGAGACAUUCAAGUAUAACUUCACAGUUUGCAUCUCCAACGUUUUUGGUGACUACAACAAUGUGCUGCAGUUUGCUCAAACUAUAGAGAUGUACAAGCUUCUGGGCGUUCAGCGAGUGGUCAUUUAUAACACUAGCUGUGGACCGGACCUGGAAAAACUUUUAAAACAUUAUGAAAGAGAGGGGAUAUUGGAGAUUGUUUCAUGGCCAAUUGACAAGUUUCUUAAUCCAUCUCCAGGUUGGAAAUCAACAAAAAACAAGGGUGACCUUCAUUAUUAUGGUCAACUGACAACACUCAACGAGUGCAUUUAUAGACACAUGUAUCAAUCUAAGUAUGUUCUCCUGAAUGACAUCGAUGAGAUCAUCAUGCCUUACAAAUAUGACAAUUUACCAUCUCUUAUGGAAAACCUUCAAGCUGCAUAUCCCACUGUAGGUUUGUUCCUUAUCGAGAACCACAUAUUCCCCAAAACACAGUUUGAUGACAGUGGUCGCUUCAAACGGCAAGAAUGGAGUAAAAUUCCUGGUAUCAAUAUCAUGGAGCACAUUUAUAGAGAACCUGACCGAAAGAAUGUUUUUAAUCCCACAAAGAUGAUUGUCAAUCCAAGGUUGGAGGAGCAAACUUCAGUGCAUUCCUCUUUGAAACACUUUGGUGAUUCCUACCGUGUCCCGUUUGAUGUUUGUAGGAUUGUACAUGUGAGAGUCCCACUGCAGGGCCAUCUUACCAAAGAUCAGCUGAAUGUGGACAAAAGAUUGUGGGACUUUGAACAAGAACUGCUACCAAAUGUUGACAAUGCACUGAAGCUUUCUGGUUUGUUUAUGCCUUAGUCUCAUUUGACAUAAUUUAUUAUACACUGAAAAAAAUGAUUCAUUGAAUUUAAUCAUUUUUUAAGGUAAGUGGUUGCAAUCAAUUUAUUUAAGCUACAUUUAAACAAAAGUUUUAUAUUUUACUUUGCUUUACUAAUCUUUUUUGUUUAAAUGUAGCUUAAAUAAAUUUAUUGCAACCACUUACCUUAAAAAAAUAGAUUAAAUUCAAUGAACCAUUUUUUUUCAGUGUAAUAAAAUUAUAAACUUCUGUGAGUUUUUUAUUGUCUUUACUCUUAUAAAAAGAUCUACAUUUGUUGCAUUUUGGUUGCUGGUUCUCAGGAUAUUAGAUUGCUGGCAGUUUAUAUGAAAUGAAAUGAAAGAUGUGAUUGUGAGAUUGUGGACAUUUAAAUGUAAAAUGUAUUCAAAUAAACCAGUCAGUUUUCUUGAAA